GUCUACUUCUCUCGUAAUUUCGAAACAACUCACUUCCCCCACUUCCUUUCCGCUACAUCUCACACAAACACCGAGCCUCACCCGUGAGCAUCUUGUCACCACACUCAAACACCGUCUUCGCGCAUACACACCCCGCUACAAUCAUGGCUCCGGGAAAGUGGGACGAUGAGGAUUCUGGCUCCGACUCGGGCUCUCCUGCCCCCGUUAUCGCCCGCCGCGGAAAGUUCGACGAUGAGGAGGAAGACGAGGUUCUAGACUCAUGGGACGCCGCCGAAGACUCGGAAGUCGAACGCGAGAAGGCGAAGAAGGCUGCCGAGGCCAAGGCCAAGGCAGACGCUGAAGCAAAGGCAAACCACAAGUCAAAAGCACAGCGUAUCGAGGAGCACAGACAAGCGGCUCUGCGCCGGAGGCAGGAUGAGGAGGACUACGAGUCUGAGGAGGAGACCGAGGAGGAGCGCCGCCAGAGGCUGCGACAGGCAGAGCAGGAUGGCUCGCGUGCUCAGGCCGAGGAGCUGUUUGGCGAGCUUUCUGUUGGCAAAUCGAAGACCGCGAAGGCCAUCACCGUCUCCGACUCGGGCGACCCCACCAACUCUAUCGACCUCAGCGCCAUGCCCCUCUUCAACCCCAACACCAAGGAUCAGUUCCUCAAGCUGCGCGAGACCCUUAUCCCUCUCCUCAGCAACAACUCGAAGAAGGGACAAUACUCCCUGUUCUUGCAGGAACUCUGCAAGGGUAUCGCAAAGGACCUGCCCAGCGACCAGAUCAAGAAGAUUGCUUCCGGUCUGACUACCUUGAGUAACGAGAAGAUGAAGGAGGAGAAGGCCGCUGAGAAGGGUGGAAAGAAGACCAAGGCGGCCAAGACCAAGACCACCUUGAACGCCUCGAGGGACGUUGGCCGUAGCGCGGAUACAUCGGCAUACGACAACGACGACUUUGGCGAUGACGACUUCAUGUGAGCAAUUUCCUCUCGAGCUGAGAUACCGUCUCUGCUACACCUCUCCCUACGCCAAACACGGCAGCCGGGCAGUCGUCGAGUCCGCUUUUUCCCGCACCCCGCUGCAGUCGUUUGGCAGCCACUUCUUGAAUCCCAUUUCUGCUUCUUUGGCUUUUCUAGGGUGAAGACGGCAUAGUUUGCAUGCAUAGCGUACGACGGGCAUGGAGCGCUGGGCAAAAUCUGAUAGAAGUUGCUGAUGAAUACGCAUUUCACGAUCUACCACCUCACUCCCAACCUCAAAGACUCAUUCGCUGUCAUCAAUGAAAUUACAUCUGCACACGACAAAUCGGAUGCAGGUUUCUCAUGCA